UCCCACCAGACAACUUCUCUCUGUUUCUAUCCUUUUCUUUCUGUGUGAUUGCUUUUCUAUAUAUAUAUAUAUAUCUUUCUAUUUCUUGAUUCAGAUCUUCAUCUCAAGAAAAACCCAAUUCAGUUUUUGUAUCAGAUAUUCAGAAAAAGGCGAGAGCUACUUACCAUACCAAGCAACAAAGUAUUUAAAUACUUUCAAUUUAAGGAGAUUUGAGAGGUAAGAAGAGAAUGAAGAACUCGGUUUCGGAUCAGAGUUUCUACAUCGAGAGCGAAGACGAUGAAGAAGUUGAGAAAUUAGAGUAUAAUAGAAAUGAAGAAGAUGAGGGAAAUGAAGAAUUUUAUGCUUCUUUUUCUUCCCAAAGAAAAAACAGUUCUUAUGCCACUCAAUGGCCUCAAAGUUACAGGCAGUCUAUUGAUUUGUAUAGUAGUGUACCAUCCCCGACCAUCGGGUUCUUGGGCACUCCUACACUAUCAAGACUAGGAAGUUCGUUUCUUUCAUCAUCGUUAACCCGAAGAUUCACACCGGAAUCACUUAAUGCGCCAGUAAAGAAACCGUUGCUACCACCAUCAGUAGAUGAUGAAAUACAGCCGCAUAAACGUAGUACGUACUCUUUGGCAACUCCGGCACCGUCGAGGAAACCGUCUGUAAGAUUUGAUGAGAAAGUACAGGUCGACCAUGGUCAUGGAAUUCCCCUUGGUCGCCAGAGUUCAUAUGGUCAAGCUGUGGUAAAUGGGAUUAAUGUGCUAUGUGGAGUAGGAAUCCUUUCUACCCCAUAUGCUGCCAAGGAAGGAGGAUGGUUAGGGCUAAUAAUAUUAUUAACAUUUGCAGUGCUUUCUUUUUACACUGGCCUCCUUUUGCGCCAGUGUCUGGAUAGCUCACCUGAGCUUGAAACUUACCCUGAUAUUGGUCAAGCUGCAUUUGGUUCCACCGGUAGAAUCGCCCUUUCAAUAAUUUUGUAUGUGGAGUUAUAUGCUUCUUGUGUUGACUAUAUAAUUCUAGAGGGUGAUAACUUGUCAUCCUUAUUCCCAAAUGCACACAUUAGUUUGGGCGGAUUCGAUUUGAACUCGCGUCGUCUCUUCUCGUUGAUGACAACCCUUGCUGUUCUUCCCACUGUUUGGCUCAGAGACCUCAGUGUCCUUAGUUAUAUCUCUGCUGGUGGAGUUGUUGCAUCAUUCUUGGUAGUGUUUUGCUUGUUUUGGGUUGGAUUGGUAGAUCAAGUUGGGUUUCAGAACAAAGGGACAGUAUUGAAUCUUUCUACACUUCCAGUUGCUGUUGGACUUUAUGGUUUCUGCUAUUCAGGCCAUGCUGUUUUCCCGAAUAUAUAUACUUCAAUGGCAGAACCAAGAAAAUUCUCUUCAGUUCUCUUAUCAUGUUUCGGAAUCUGUUCUUUGUUGUAUGCUGGAACAGCAGUUAUGGGGUACAAAAUGUUUGGAGAAGCAACAGAAUCACAGUUUACACUUAACAUGCCUAAAGACCUGGUUGCUUCAAAGAUUGCUGUGUGGGCUACGAUUGUCAACCCAUUUACCAAAUAUGCAUUAACCUUGUCUCCAGUGGCAAUGAGUCUUGAGGAAUUAUUACCACCACGCCAUCUCAAGUCUCACGUGUACCCUAUGUUAAUUAGAACAGCACUGGUGGUCUCAACCUUGCUUGUAGGUCUCAGCGUUCCCUUCUUCGGCUUGGUAUUGUCAUUGAUAGGAUCUUUACUCACAAUGCUUGUUACCUUGAUACUUCCUCCUGCUUGUUAUUUAAGCAUACUGAGGGGUAAAGUAGGCUGUAUCCAGGCUACAAUCUGUAUUAUAAUUAUUGCAGUGGGAGCAGUUUCAUCAGCCUUUGGAACAUACUCAGCACUCACCAAGAUUAUUCAGAAUUUGAGUAGCUGAAAAUUUAAUUUAAUUUCCUCAUUUUUGAACUGCUUUUACAUUUCCCAAAUUUUUGAGUCAAUUCUGGAAUUUAGAUACAUCCCUAUAUUUUGAA